UCGAAAUUGGGAUGGUGGACAUGCGGAAGCGCGGAUCUUGAUAGGAGUGAAUCUUAAAAGGUUCGGAGACUUGUUCACUUCGAAAACGUAAUGAUGAUGGUUCAGGGAGUUGUUCAACAGACAAAGGACAUCAUUACAAAUCAAGGCAUUGACUUCUAAUAUACUAUUUUGGGGGACUCCAAUCCCGGAUAAUGAAAGAAGACCAAACCAAUUCUUUAUCUUCAUUGUUCCAAUAUCCUCCAAAAUGCCCAAAGCCUUUACUCCCAUUAGGGUUGGUUCAAUGGACCUUUCCCAUCGCAUUGCGAUGGCACCCAUGACCCGAUUCCGUGCCGAUGAUGCUCAUGUUCCCCUCCCCAUAAUGAAAGAUUACUAUCAGCAGCGUGCUGUAGUGUUUAGAAGUUUGAUCAUCACCGAAGCCACCUUUAUUUCUCCCCGAGGCGGUGGCUACGACAAUAUACCCGGAAUUUACAAUGACGAUCAGAUCGCCAUGUGGCGAAAGGUGACAGAUGCCGUCCACGCCAAAAGAUCAUACAUCGUUCUCCAGCUGUGGGCGUUGGGCCGCGCUGCAGAUCCCUCUGUCCUGGGACGUGAACAGCUCCCCGUUGUCUCGAGCAGUGCGACUCCAAUGGCGCCCAAGCACCCAGUGCCGCGAGCUCUGAAUGAGUCUGAGAUUCACGAAUUCAUUCAGGACUAUGCGCAGGCUGCUAAAAAUGCUAUUAAAGCCGGCUUUGACGCCGUCGAGAUCCACGGCGCAAAUGGCUACUUGAUCGACCAGUUCACCCAGGACACAUGCAACACCCGCACCGACAAAUGGGGCGGAAGCGUCGAGAACCGCUCUCGCUUCGCCCUCGAAGUAACGAAAGCAGUUGUUGACGCUAUCGGCCCCGAACGGACAGGAAUUCGACUCAGUCCGUGGAGCUCUUUCCAAGGAAUGCGCAUGAAAGAUGUCAUCCCGCAAUUCACCCACCUAGCCAAGGAGCUCGCCAAGUUCAAGCUUGCCUAUAUACAUUUGGUCGAAUCCCGCGUCUCUGGACCCGGAGAUGCGCCCGAGUCUGCCGAUAAGCUUGAUUCCUUCCUGCAGGCCUAUGGAAAGGCUAGCCCAGUGAUUUUGGCGGGUGGCUACACUGUGAAUAAGAUUGAUGAGGCGCUCGAGAAGACGUAUAGUGAUUAUGACGUUAUUGUUGGUAUUGGGCGGUAUUUCACUUCUAAUCCGGAUUUGAUCUAUCGGAUUAGACAAGGCAUUCCUUUGCGGCCAUAUGACCGCGAACACUUUUACACACCGAAGGAUCCAUGUGGUUAUAUUGACUAUGACUUUUCUCGUGAGUGGGAGUGUUGCGAGGCGAAUGAUGGAGGCUGUCAGCCGUGAGUCGUGAAUAUGUAUAACUAGUUCUAGGACAAAGUAUACCUUAUUUCCCGC